AUGGAGAAUGAGUCUCAGCUGCGAUUCAUCAGCUUUUUACAGUCUGUGGCGAUUGGGACCUCGCUAUAUCUUCGAGAUUUUAACUUCUGUUUUAUCCCUGAUAUUAAAUGUGACACACUGCGCAGUGUGGCUCAUUCCGCUGGAUUUUUCAAAGGAGAGUUGCUAGCGCACUGCACUGGAUGCGCCCCUCAUUGCAUGGGGGCGAUUAAUGGCACUUUCUAUCAUUUCUGCAGCUGCACUAAAUCACAGCAACAUCCCGCCCUAGACCGGGAACUGGACCUGUGUACCUGUCCUCCCCGCCCGCCCGUGGGGGUCGGCGCUCGGCCAUGCGCUCGGUGCGCACCACCAGCCCCCGAGGAACUUGCUUGUCUCUGCAUCCAGCCGCCUUGGGUGACACAAGUAAAUAAGCGCCUUGGCCACGACAGUGCUGUGCUCGCUUUGGCCGCGCUCACACUGGAAGCAGCGUGCGCAAAUGGGGAAGAGCAGAGAGCCGAAAACCGCCCUUCCUCUCCUCACGGUCGAAUGUCCGCAGGGAAAGCGCCUUCAGGGUUCCUGUGGACGGCUGAGCGAGACAGCCAUGCGGUCAUCAACCACUCCCUCUCGCUGCCUCUGGGCACGCAGCGAAUGAGGCACACACGAAACUCCCACGCCCCUUGGGAGGGGGACUGGUGGAUGAGCAGCGGUACUUACUACAAAAGCGGGAGGAGAGGAAGGAGGAAGGAACAGCGAGCCCAGACCGUCUCCUGGGUCUGCAGCCUCCACGCACACGAGCUGUCUGCUCAGAGCUCUAUCAUCACAAGUCAAGCUUCAGGACAUUCUGCAGUGAAGGGCAGUGCAGGCCCAUGGACACCUUUUUGA